UAAAACCCCGUUCCUGUUCACUUUUUACUCGUUAGUGUUUAAUCGGUCAAAAUAUCUAUUUGUAUAGCGAAUACCAUUCCUAAAAAAUAGAAGCUAUUAGUGUGAAAUGGUGUGAGAUAUAAAAUUCUUUAAUCGGUAGAAAAACACGAAAUUGCCAUCGCAUCGGCGAACGUAAAUUCCAAUCGAAAAACGACAAUGAAAACUGGAAGUUUGUACAGUUCAGCGAGUCCUUUUUAUAGCGGUGGUAAUAGUUUAAGGAAUUCAUCGGCCUUAAAGGGUGCUUAUAAGAAUAAAGACUAUCUAUCGGGAGCUUUGUCGGAUCGGGACAGCAUUAGUGGCCGAAGCAAGAGGAGUCGAAUAAGGAAAGGAUCAAGCGGUUCCAUAAAAGUGGCUAAGACCAUGUCCAAGAAAUUGGACUUUACAAACUUAGCAUACCGCGAGGCAGUCGGUCGUCUUAAAUUUCUGCUCGAGGAGUCCUACGCAACCCCCAGCAAGCCAACAUCGCAGUAUCGGAAACAUUACGUAGAGGACUCUGGCGAGGAUACGGACAAUCAAUCGCAAGUAACUGAUCGUCCGCCGCUAUCCGAGAUAUCUAAAUAUCUGUCGCCCAAUUAUAAGGUACAGUCAGCGAAAAAGGCGACCCCAAAAUCGUACUCACCCCAUCGCUCUUCUCGCUACUCUACAACCACGGACUAUGCCGCUCCACCUCCUGCUCCUCUUUCUAAUGAAACUGGUCAGGCACCACCUGAGAUAAUUAGCUUCAUCGAGAAGCAAGAGGACUAUAUCGAGCAACUGGAAAAGGAAUCGAAAUUUUGCCGAGACGAACUCUCUAAUCUGCUUGGGAAAGUACGAGAUGUUAUUAGCGAAAACGAAGCUCUGACGGAGCAUGCUCGCUCCGACCUAGUCGCAAGUCACCCCAAAAUUUCAGGAUCCUCUGAAAGUGAAGACAACCAUUAUGAGAAAAUUAUUCGCGGCCGAAAGGAUAAACCUACAAGGACGUCCCAAGCACUUAGUGGUCCCAGCAUUGUUUUCGAAUCCAGAAUAAGUGAACUGGAAGCGGAGCUAGCACAAGCUAAUAUCGACCUAAAGAAGCUCCGAAAUGAGAAUGCAGAUCUGAAGAGGAAAUCUUCCUUAGGAACAAAUGCGGAAACAGGAUCUUUCGAUUCGUAUCGUAAAAGGAUUGAGAGCCUUGAACGAGACAAAAUCAACCUGGAGGAGACUGUAAAACGACUUCAACUCACUAUCGAUGAUUUGCGAGCCGAAGGCAAUCAAGUUGCCUCAAAAACUCAACGGAGUCGGGACCUUGCUGACAUGGCACUUUUCGAAAAAUCUCAGGCAGAAAUUGAGAUACGUCGCCUGAAGGACGAAUUAGAAAGACAACAUGAAAGAGUUCGCGAACUUCAGCACGAAAUGUCCCGAAGGAUUGCAGACGAACGAGCAAACGCCGAAAGACGUUACAACUAUCACGUUGACCAAUUGGAUGGAGAUUUGAGUUCUCAAUGGGAGCAUGCCUCGAAGCUUCAGCUCGAACUGGAACGCCAGAAACGUUUGGAAAUCGAUUUCAAACGGGACUUGGCACAAAGAAAUGCUCAAAUUGAAGAACUUAAGCAAGAGUUGAAAGAUAAAAAGACAACCUAUCUAACAGAUCUUGCUCAAGUGAAUGCUGAAAAACAGGCACUAGAACAGGAGAUAACUUCCCUUCGCUUGCAACUGGAUAAGGCAGAAAGACAAGGGAAAAUUGAAGCUGGACGAUUGAAUGCUGAGAUCAAUUCUCUUCGGCAGCGGCUGGACAGAGCCGACGCGGAUAUCCUUCAAGUGAGAAGGGAAAAUUUGAGGCUCAACGACGAAAUUGCCAAUUUGGAGAAAGACUUGGCGUUGGGAGAACUUAAAGGAGAAAUACGACCUACAACAAAAGAAAUUAACAAAAGUAUCGUGGAAAUGGAAAGAAAACACGCUGACACAGUUAGCGAACUCGAAGAAAUGAUUCAGAGCCAGAGACAACUCAUGGAUAAACUGACUGCAGAGUGUAGAACACUAACGAGUAAAUUAGAGGAGUCAUCCUUGAACCACAAUAAAGAGAAAAAGGAACUCCGCAAGACCAAUGAGAUGCUGAUGGACCGGCUAAAACAAAUCUGGUCCAGUUACAAGGAAGCAAAUCCAAGUGUGAUCAAUAUCCUGAGCGAUAGCGAAUCUUCCAUACAAGAGCACUUGCCGGAAUUUGAAAAGCUCCCGCUGACUACACCUCACCAACCACCACCACUCAAGACAAGCAACCAAUUUCCAUCGACACCACUGCUAGAGAGUUUUCACCCGUCACGAAACCCAGUUCAAACCUCGACUAUACAUCAGCUUAUGAUAGUCCCAAGUCCCAACAGCCAACACCAGCAUCUACCGACAAUUACCGGACCGCAUAUAAGUACGGAGAUGAAGAAACUGAAAAGGACCGAGGCGGCAAAGAAUACACUGAGUCCUUGCGAGAGGAUGACACAAAACCUUACACCAGCGAACCUUACAGCAGCCUCACUAAUAAUCAACAGCCAACCUAUGAACAGCAGCCUGACCCAAACCAACAAUACACCGAGCAGCAAUAUGAGCAGCCUAACUACCAGGCCUACGAUCAAGAACAAUACGGAGAAACAGAUUACAGCCGAGGGUACGACCAGUCCUACGACAUGUCUCAGUAUCAAGGAGACCAGCAACAAUAUGAUGAUUACAGCACCUCCUACCAACCGGAAACUGAUCUAUACCCAAGCAACGCUCAACAGUCAAUCAAUUAUGACACCGCAACAAUUCAACCAGCCCAACAAGCCGCAAGACAGCUAUCUCCUCCAGCGGAAUCAACAGCAAGGCAACUAUCCCCUCCAACAACAAGCGCCGAACCAGCAAUUCCCGGUUCAGGACAGCAAUCCUACUCAACACCAGUCGCCGCCCCAUCGUCAAUCCCACCAACGACAAUGGCUUCACCGCCAGGUAUCCGUGGAAGCACUAGUGGAAUCACCAGCAAUAUCGAAAGCACUAACCAACCACGAAAAGGCAGCAACCCUAUGGGGGCGACAGGUGCCAGAAAUGGAAGUCGAGGAUCUCAACUACUGUCGCAACAGUCUGCCGAGGCAACUAAGAGAAUACCAACUGUAUCAGGGCGAGAUUAGUCCCCUGACAAUCGGUGAUAUUGAUCCGUAUGACCUCAUCCCCGAUUUUGAGAUAAGCAGUCCGAGCCUGUUCGAGAGAAGCAGUGACGAUGAUUCAAACGAUACAGAUGAUACAUUGGAAAGGACUAUAAUUCAUCAGAGUUCAUGAUUUUCUGUAAUUUAGACAUUUUUUGAAACUAAAUAAAAAUGCCUCUAAGGUGGAAAGAGA